GGGAACAAGGCUUUGGAAAAAAAGAGAGGAAAAGGAGCUGUAAACCUGACGAGUGAAUCUGUCUGAAGUGAAUUUGAAGAUCUGAGUCAUUAUAUCCUGACAAUAUUAAAAUCAAGCAACAUGGAGCUAGGAGAAUCAGCAGCAGGAGAACAAAGGGCAACUCUACAAUCACCAGUAAAAAUAACACUAGCACUGACAGUGGUAACAAUUGUAGUAGUUGUUGGUAAUGCAGUAACAUCAACAAUAGCGGCUGUAGCAGUAGGAGCAGCAGCAGGGGCAGCAGCUGGAAUUGGCAUGUUACAAUCACUAUGGGAGGCAAAAAUAAGAACAGGACCAGUAGCAGUAGCAGUAACAGCAGUAGCAGGAGGCCUUGCAGGAACAACAGCAGCGAUAUUGCAAUCAUUGUUAGGGGCACAGUCACUAACAGGAUCAUCGGUAAAUGGAGCAAUGGCAGGAGCUGCAAUAGUAACAGUAGUAAGAGCACAAUUACAAUGGGCAAUAGAAACAAUACAAUGGGUAACAGACACCAUACAAUGUGUGGUAAACCUAGUGCAAAAAUUUAAAGCAUCAUUACCUGCAGCAAAAAUAACUGGAGGAUCAGGAUUAGCAGCAGCCAUAUUAUAUCAAGCAUUGAAAGAAGAAGCAGUAGAAGCUUCAUCUAUACCAGGAGCAUUUAGACCAGCAUCAUCUGGAGCAGCAGUAUCAGGUCCACCAUCAUCUGGACCAGGACCUUCAGGACCAGGAGCAUCUGGAGCAGCAGUGUCAGGUCCACCAUCAUCUGGACCAGGACCUUCAGGACCAGGAGCAUCUGGAGCAGCAGUGUCAGGUCCACCAUCAUCUGGACCAGGACCUUCAGGACCAGGAGCAUCUGGAGCAGCAGUAUCAGGUCCACCAUCAUCUGGACCAGGACCUUCAGGACCAGGAGCAUCUGGAGCAGCAGUAUCAGGUCCACCAUCAUCUGGACCAGGACCUUCAGGACCAGGAGCAUCUGGAGCAGCAGUAUCAGAUACAGCAUCAUCUGGACCAGGACCUUCAGGACCAGGAGCAUCUGGAUCAGCAGUGUCAGGUCCGCCAUCAUCUGGACCAGGACCUUCAGGACCAGGAGCAUCUGGAUCAGGACCGUCAGGCCCGGCACCAUCUGGACCAGCAGCAUCAGGGCCAGCAGAAUCGGGUUCAGCAGCAUCUGGAGCAAUGGGAACAGGAUCAGCAGCAUCAGGACCAGGAGCAUCAGGUUCAGCAGCAUCUGGAGCAGCAGGACUGGCAGCAGCAGCAGGAUCAGCAGGUGUGGGAGUAGCAGCAGGAGUAAUGGGAGGAAUACUGGGAGGACUUUUGGCAGGAGCAGGAUCAGAAAAUAAUGGAUCAAAACAGAAAAGCCCAUCAAAGACACAAUCAGCAGAGAAGGGAGAAAAGGAUGAUGGACCAGCGGGAGUCAGUCCAGAUCAACACAUACAGGAAAAGACUGAGAGAGAAAAAAUAGAGCAACUAUUUCAGAGACUAACUCUCGACAAGAACAAAGGUAAACUGAAAAUUGUAGAUGUUCUUCAGGUAACUGCUCAUAAUUCUUGUGUUGAGGAGAAGCUGGUUUGGAGUUUCAUACAAAAACUACUGAUGAUAAACUACAGAGCAAGAUUCACUAAUGUGAAAGAUACCAAUGAACAGCAUCACACACAACAAACAGACAGUGAAUCACCUGAAGACAACAGUGAUAUUGUGAAAGCAAUGUCUUAUUUGAAUAAAGGAACAGGCCAAUCUGAGCGAAUCCACCCAAUGGAUGUUCAGAUGGCUGUGUUUCUUUGUGCUGAUGGUUUCCUGAAGCAGCUGAUGGUGACUAAACUGUCCCAGUGUCAGUACGCUCUGCCUCUGCUUGUUCCUGAUCCAGUCACAAAACAGAUUGAGUUUCCUCUCUGGACAUUCAGACAAAUCAACAAGAGCUGGAAGAUGAGAAACACCAACAAUGAGACCAUCAGUAAAUCCCAACCAAUCUACAAGGCAGAAACCCCAAUGGUGUUUUUCUUCAGGUUUGCCUCUGUGUCUUCAUCCAAGUCUCAGCUGAUGAACAGUCUGAUCAAUGAGAAACACAACACGUUCUUCCACAGGAACUGUCCAGGCAGCAGCAGAACCAGAGUCCUGAUGGAUGGAGUGGUGGAGAUCGCCUGGUUCUGCCCUUCUGGAACAAAUGAUGAUAAAUUCACUGAUUGUGUUGCCUUCUGUAAUCUACAUGGUGAUGCAGGAGACCAUGAGAAACAGCUGCAGAUCCUCACUGAAAUGGCUUCAGUCAAUGUUGUUCUUCUUGCAAAACUGGACAGGAAUGACAGAAGUGCAACAAUAAUCCAAAACUUGUACACAAACAGAAAGCCACUCAUUUGUCUUUUUACUGAGGAUGAAUCUACUGUAACUGAGCUGAAGAAAGGGAAAUUCAAAAUCGGUUUGAAAUACAGAAAUCAGUCAGAUGUGUCUGAAGAACUUAGAAGAAUUAUAAAUGAGUGUCUCUCAGAAACAUCUUCCACUUUCAGACUUGAAGAUGUGUCCAAACACUCAGAUAUCAGAGUAGAUGAGGAAGAGGAUGAAGACUGCAGAAGAGGAAGAGAAGCAGCACAGCAGAUGAUGAGUUUACUGGAGAAGAAAGAUCUGACAGAAAUCAAAGAAACAUUUCUGCCUCAUCAGGGGAAACUGUGGCAUCAGUGGAGUCAGAAGAACAAAGAACUACAUCGACCUCGAGGAGAUGAGAUAGAAAUGGACAUAAGAAGAAAACAUACAGAAUUACAGGAAAUCCGUGAACAGCAGCAUAAAUUUAAAAUCAGCGAAUUUAUGAAGUUCUUUAUUAAAGAAAUAAAUUCAGAUGUUACAAAUAAGAUGUAUUUCUUCAAGUGGCUCAGAAUCCUCCUGGAUGAACACAGAACAGUUGAUCGUUCUGCUCUACAUCACAAGUGGUCAGCAGUUGUAAAACCGAAAGAGAAUCAUGAUGAAUCUGAACAACUCCUAGUUGGACUAAAUGAACUUGAGAAGAUAUCUGAGGAGCUUCAAGCUGCAGCCUUUGGUUUGGAGCACAUCAUGAGGGAGAUCGGUCAGAUCUAUGAAUCAUGUUCAUCUGUGAAGAAGAACAAGAAAGACCUGCAGGUUCACUUCUCUUCUCUCCCGAGUCUUGCAGCAGAGAUGAUGAUCUCUGGAUUUCCUCUGGAGCUGAUGGAUGGAGAUGCUGCUCAUGUUCCUGUGAUCUGGAUCUCUGCUGUUCUAGAUGAACUCGUCCAGAAACUGGGAGACCAGCGAGUCUUUGUGCUGUCAGUUUUAGGGAUUCAGAGCUCUGGGAAAUCCACCAUGCUGAAUGCCAUGUUUGGACUUGAGUUUGCCGUCAGUGCUGGCAGGUGCACCAGAGGAGCUUUCAUGCAGCUGGUCAGAGUCUCAGAAGAGAUGAAGACACAGCUGAACUUUGACUAUAUUCUGGUUGUUGAUACUGAGGGUCUUCGUGCUCUAAAACUGUCUGGAAGAUCAACAAGAGAUCAUGACAAUGAAUUGGCCACAUUCGUCAUUGGAAUUGGAAAUCUGACCUUGAUAAACAUCUUUGGAGAAAACCCAUCCGAGAUGCAGGACAUUCUUCAGAUUGUUGUUCAGGCCUUCAUGAGAAUGAAGAGGGUCAGGCUCAAUCCCAGCUGUGUGUUUGUGCAUCAGAACGUUUCAGAUGUCACAGCUGAAGAGAAAAACAUGGAGGGAAGGAGACGACUGCAGGAGACACUGGAUGAGAUGACAAAACUCGCUGCUAAAGAUGAAGUCUGUGAUGCAGAAUGUUUCAGUGAUGUCAUUAGGUUUGACGUUCAGAAAGAUGUGAAGUAUUUUGUUCAGCUCUGGGAGGGCAGCUCACUAAUGUCACCACCAAACCCAGACUACUGUGAGAACAUUCAAGAACUAAAGGAAUCUGUUAUUUCUCAUGCCGCAAAAUCUCAUGGAAUUAUGCUGAAAGACUUAACAGUUCGUGUUGAAGAUCUCUGGAAGGCUUUACUGAGUGAACGAUUUGUCUUCAGCUUCAGAAAUUCUCUGGAGAUUUCAGCCUACAGGAAACUGGAAACUGAAUACAGCAAGUGGUCCUGGAGCCUUCGCAGUGCCAUGAUGGAAACUGAGAACAAACUACACAACCAAAUAGAAAAUGAAGUAAUUCAUGAGGUUGUGGAAAAUGAUCUUCAAGGAGAACUGAAGAAGACAAGUGAACAAGUGAAAAAAUAUACAUUCGAAUUCUUUGAGAAAGACAAAUAUAAACAUAAAUCAUUGGACAUCAAAAUAAAAGAUGUUCAGGAAAACAUUGUGAGAGAAACAAAGAGGAAAUUAAAUGAGACACAUGUAAACACCCUCCAUGAAAAGAGCAGAGAACUUGCCUUUAAACCUAAAUACAGAGAAAAUGAUGAAGAAACACUGAAGAAAGAGUUUGAUUUGUUUUGGAAACAGUAUCUGAAUAAGAUCAUCACAGACACUCCUAUAAUCAAAGACAUUGACAUAAUUAGAGAUGUGAAACUCCUCCUCUAUGUCUAUGAAAGUGCUCCUGUAGAUCACUGGAGGGAGAGCAGGGAUAUUUUUACUGUGACCAGUUAUGCAGAUUAUGUACAGUUAAAGAAAUACUUUGGACUAACAGGAGCUAUAAAAAAUGCCAUCAGAUCAGCAAAAGAGAUAUUGGGGAAAAUGUUAUCUCUGGAGGAUGAAGCCCAAAUACGUUUAUUAGUCACAGACAUUUUGCUGAAGACAGAGAAACUGAUUGAGUCAUUUAACAUUUCAAAAAUGGGCUACAACAUCAGCAGCAUUCAGCAACUCACAGGUUACAUCAAGGCAAGAGUAACAGGACAUCAGGAAGGACAAGUGAGAUAUGUGUUCAAGAAUGAAUUCUUCGUGGAUUUGGUUCUUUCCAUCUUUAAGAGAGCAAACAAGAUGAUCAUUGACCAACAUAGACGGUUCAGGGAAGCCAAUGAUCCUGUCAAAUAUGUUGAGAGAAGGAGAGAAGAGUACUAUAGUAUUUUUCAGAUAUUCUGUCAUGAAGCAACAUCGACUGCCGUUUUUGGUGAGAUCAUCUGUCAGAAACUGAAAGAGCCCAUUGAGCAGAGUGUCUACAAGAAGACUGCUAGAGAUUUAGCAGAUGAAAUGAGAUCAAACUGUGAAUCUCUGAAUGGAAACAGAUCAAAUCUGGAGAAACACAUCCUGGAGACACUGGCAGAAGAGGAGGACUUUGACAAAUACAUGAACUACAUUCAUAAUCCCAGAGAUCACUUCAAGAGUUUCAUCAGAGAUGAAGUCAGUAUAUACAUCACUGCUAAGUUCAGUGACAGUGUUUUACCCAAAAUGAUGGAGAACACUGAACUCCUGCAGCAGAAGAUCAUGAAAGCAGCUCAUGAAUCUACUGAACAUGUUCAAGAGAAGAGAGGAGAUGUUGGUUUGUGGUUGAUGAGUUUCACACAACAGCUCUCAGAUGAGCUGAUCUUCUCUGAAGAAGACUUCUGUGGAGUUAAACAUGAUGAUAUUGAUGUUGAUUUCAAAUUCCUAGAAGAUGUGAUAAGAAAAGAACUAAGUACCAUAACAUCUUACAUCCACAAAGCUAAUAUAUCCAAUAAAAAAAUGGACUUCAGGUUCAGACCAGAUGAGCUUCUGAUUGAUCACUUCUGUCAGUGCUGUUGGGUUCAGUGUCCGUUCUGUGGAGCCACCUGCACCAACACCAUAGAAAACCAUCCUGGAGAUCACAGUGUUGCUUUCCACAGAGUCAUUGGAAUUAAAGGACACCGUUGCUUUCUAUCACAGAAUUUCUGUGUGGAUAUUUGCACAAAUUUAGUGGCAAGUGAUAAAGACUUUCUUACAUUGGAUGGAUUGUAUCCAUAUAAUGAAUACAGAAAAGCAGGAGGAGUUUAUGCAAAGUGGAGCAUCACUCCUGAAUGCUUUGAACUGCCAUACUGGAAGUGGUUUGUGUGCAGAUUUAAGAAAGAUCUGGAAAAUCACUACAAGAAAGAAAUUGUGGGAAAGGGUGAGAUUCCAAAUCAAUGGAAAAGGCUCAGAAAACAGGAUGCCAUUGAGAGUUUGGAUAAAUACUUUUAACAGAGUAACAGAGCAUAAUAAAACCAAUUUAAAGUAGUAUAUUAACAUGUAGUUCCUAAAUGUUUUAUCUGGGUGUAUUUCAGCAUGUAUACAUUAGUUGCUUGUUCCUCUUCCCAACUGUGUCCUUCUUGAACUUUUAUGUAACUUUUAUGUAAUUCUUCUUCUUUGGUGGGUUUCAAUAGCAGGCUGCAAACCAGCUUUUUAGGCACAUAUCAGCACCUCGUAUGCUGGAUUUCAGUCUAGGUAUAACUGGAUGAGAUUUUUAUGCAUUGUAUCAUUUGCUUGAUAAUUUUUCCAGAUCCUUGUUCUGAAUUGAAUAUAUUGUAUAUUGUCAAUUAUUUUCCUUCUAUAGCCUGUAAUUCUCUUCCGAGCUCAUUCCUUUUGUGAUCAUAACUGGUUGAACAAUACAUGAUUAACCGUUUCUGGUAUAGUUCACAUAAUCCUCUAUCAUGUUUUCCUAUGAUAUUAAGUUUGUAUGACCUUAAUUACAAUUUUAAAUGUAU